AUGAGCUCCAAAAAGUUUCUGUCAUGUCUGAAAAAAGUGGAGUGCACAGCGAAAUCAGAAGAGUUGGAGAGUGUCGCCAGAUGCUUGACGGCCGCGAAAAUGAAGGAGAUGAAGUUGAAAAAGUUGGGAUGGAAGAGGAAAAAAUGUCGCCCAGUUCAGAUCAAAACUCAAUCCUCAUACAACCUGAAAGACCCUCCAUCCAGUCCAAUCUCAAAAUUUUCGAAUCUCCUCCUGACACUUCUGAAGAACACGACGUCAUCGGAAGCAGAGGAGAAGUGGGCUUCCACGUUUCGAAGGAUGAAAAGAAUGAACAAAAACCUGGAAAAAAGUCGUGCCUCCACCUACCGUACCAUCAAACACCGCGCCUAUGACCUGGUCCUAGAAGACGACCGUAACUCGCCGGAGGACGACGAUUUGGAGAUUCCCGUUCAAAUCAACCACCCGCUGAUUCAAGAUGGUCUGAAACUGAUAUCAAGUAUAACUGGAAAUCGAAAAACUGGGAUCAAUGCGAGGAUAUUGAGCCCGCGGAUAGCUCCGUUAUCUCCUAUGACUACACGGGGUAUACUGUCACCAUCGAUUUUUCCGUUUUAUAAAGAUGACGUGGAGGAGCAGUACUUCCCGAUUCCGGAUCUUAUCGAAAAAUCCUCGUUUGAAAAAUCGGAGAAAGACAAGCUAUUGGCAUUUCUUAUGGAAAUUUCUAGAACACGACCGAUUCUGGAUGAAGCAAUGAAAAUGGUAAAACUUCUCAAUCCAGAGAAGCAACAGUUUUCAAAUAAGGAAGAAAAGGAGGCGGUGAUGUCGGCUACAGAUAAAAUGAGCACAGAUUUCGAGCAACUGGAGAAAUCGUUGAGCAGAGAGCAGAAAACGGAUUUAAAGGAGAUCGGGUUCUCGAUGUUGGAGAUGCCGCAGAUGACGGAGCUUUUUGGGAAAUAUGACGCCGACUCAGUCCUCCACCAACCCGAAAUGCAAUCCUACAGUAACUACACCAGAUCCGAAAGACUUCUAUCCCUCUGGAAAUCUAUCGAGAACAUCGCCUACCCAUUCAAACGUGUGAAAAGAGGGAGAACUAUAAAAGUGGGAGAUGUCACAGUGUACACUGCACUCAACCCCACUGUCUUCACUCCUUACAUGUUCUCCCCGGUCUAUGGCUUAUCAGUUUUAGGUCCUGUUAUCUUUUCCCCAAAUAUAUUCUCCCCAUUGAUCUUGAACCCUUCCGUGUUAUCCCCAUGGAUCUUCUCCCCAGCUGUUCCAUUACCGUUCAUACUGUCACCAUAUCUCCUAUCCCCAUAUAUUUUCUCCCCAUUAGUCAUGGCUCCAUUCAUCCUUAAUCCUUAUGUCCUGUCACCAAAUAUUUUCAAUCCUUAUUCCUAUGGUACUGGGCGGCGUUAUUCUGUCACCUAA